GCAAUUAAUCACAUUGCCUAUUUAACAUUCACAAUACUAACAACAAUUAUAGCCACUGUUCUUCAAGAGAGAACCAAUUCAAAACGCAAAAGCAACUAUCCUCUUUCCGCCUAAAAUCUCUCACCUUUCCUUUUACUAACCCCCAAAUCAAACCCUCGACAAAUUUUUUAACCAUUCUUCUUCUCUCUCCUCAAAUUUAGGGUUCCAGAUUUUUCCACCAGAUCCGCCAUUACUGUCUUCUUCAUCUUCUUCGUCGUUCUCCUUUCUUCUUUUCGAUAAUUUAUCUCUCUUCACAUUGCAUCUGCAUGACUUUUAUCCUAACUCAACCUCCAUCGCCGGCGCAAAAUCAAGGUCAAUUUCUGGAGCACAUUAAAAUUGUACAAUGUCUGCGAAACCGUCGCGCUCCAAUUCUGUUUCUAUAAGCAGAUCGGAGCUUUCCAAGGUUACGCCGGUGUUAGAGCCUGCGAACAUGAGCGUGGUACCGAAGGAGAUUAUUUCGGUUAUCGAUUCGUUGAAGCAGCAAGUAGAAGCUCAACGCCAUGUUUAUAUUCAGAACAUAAUGGAAGAAAACAGGCAAAAGUUGUCUAGGGUGACUUUAGCAAAGGAAAGAAGAAAUAUCACGGUUACUGACACAGAAAAAAGUACUGCUUUACUGGUUAAGAGGCAGAAUGAUGCGAUCAAUAUGCAAAAUGGCAUCGAAGGAGGUAAAAAGGGUGAAGAUGGCAGUGGCUCACAAGAACACGCAGCAGUUCUUCUGGGGGCGUCUAUCCCUAUUAAGAAUACAGUUCGAGCCAUUAGACUCCCUGAAGUGAAGAGACUGCCACCUUAUACUACAUGGAUGUUUUUGGACAGAAACCAAAGGAUGACGGAAGACCAAUCUGUGUUAGGUCGAAGGAGAAUUUAUUAUGAUCCAACUGGUGGGGAAGCUUUAAUAUGCAGUGACAGUGAAGAAGAAGUAAUUGAGGAAGAAGAAGACAAGAAGGAAUUUGUUCGAUCAGAAGAUCACAUCUUGCGAAAUACAGUGCAGCAAGUUGGUUUAUCAGAUGCUGUUUUGGAUUUACUGGGACAGUGCUUUUCCAAGAAACCUACUGACAUCAAGGCAAGAUAUGAAGCUCUUUGUGAGGAAGAGAAGGCUAAGACAGGUCUAGGGAAUGGGGAUACUGUAGAGACUUCAGAGUAUUCAAACCCAUAUAUUGAUAAAGAUCUGGAAGGAGCUUUGGAUUCAUUUGACAACUUAUUCUGUCGCCGGUGUUACGUUUUUGAUUGUAGAUUGCAUGGAUGUUCACAGGACCUUAUUUUUCCUACUGAAAAACAACACCCGUGGAAUUCUCCGGAGGAGGCGAAUGUACCUUGUGGGCCGCUUUGCCAUCGAUCGGCUCCCAAGUGUGAAGGUGAUUCAGCAGCCAUCUCCCAAAAAUGUGAUGGUUUCAAAGCAAAGCCCAGCCCUUCGUCCAAUGAUACUUCUAUUGAGGUGUCACCAAGGAAUAAAUUUACUGGAUCUUCUAACAAGCGGAAGGGAAAAUCCACUCCAAGUGAAAGUGCCUCUUCAAAUGCUAGAAAUGCAUCGGACAGUAGUGAUUCAGAUGAAAGACUUGCUCAAGAUAAGAACUCUAUUGACCAAUCUUCUAUCCAGCCAGAGACUAAGUCGAUUGGGAAAUCUGGAACUCGCAAAAAUAAGUACAAGCGAGCUGCUGAAAGGAUACUUGUUGCAAUGCAGAAGAGGCAUAAGAUGUUGGCCCACGAUGCUGAUUCAGUUAAUGCUGGUUCUACGUUGUCUAGCGAUAUGAAGCUUCGAUCUCGGACACGGAAGGAGGAUGAAGUGGCAAGUUCUUCUUCAAAGAAGAAAGGAACCUUAAGUACAGAUGAAAGGUCAAGGACGGGAAUUCCUGCUUUGGGCAGUUCCAAGUCUUUAAACGCUCCUAGUGAUGUUUUGAAUAUAGGAUCUAAUGAUCAAUCGACAGUUAAUUUGGAUGACGUGUCAAGGAAAGAAGAAAUUGUAGAUGAAAGCCCUGGAAAAGUUGAAGUGAAUAUUGAUAAAUCUUGGAAGGCUCUUGAAAAAGCGCUUUAUGAGAAGGGUUUGGAGAUAUUCGGUAGGAACAGUUGCUUGAUUGCUCGAAACCUUUUGAAUGGAUUGAAGACUUGCUCAGAGGUCUAUAACUACAUGACUCACUUGAAUAGUAAGCUAUCAAUUGAAGGUCGUGAUGAUGGGACAAACCUUGAAUGCAAUGACCCUAUGGUUAGUCAACGAUUUUUGGUCUUGAUGAUGUUGAAUGUAAUUUUCUGCGACUUAUAUUUUCUAUUGUUUGGUGCAUACAAUGCAAUUCAGGGUAAUGAAGUCAGGAGAAGAUCAAGAUAUGUUAGGAGGAGAGGCAGAGUUCGUCGUUUGAAGUAUACUUGGAAGUCCACUGGUUAUCAUUCCAUCAGGAAGCGAAUUUCAGAGAGGAAAGAUCAACCUUGUCGACAGUAUAAUCCUUGUGGGUGUGAAUCUGCUUGUGGAAAGCAGUGUUCAUGUCUUUUAAAUGGCACAUGCUGUGAAAAAUAUUGCGGGUGUCCUAAGAGCUGCAAAAACAGAUUCCGGGGCUGCCACUGUGCUAAAAGUCAAUGCAGAAGCCGUCAAUGUCCAUGUUUCGCAGCAGAUAGGGAAUGUGAUCCAGAUGUCUGUCGUAAUUGUUGGGUGAGUUGUGGUGAUGGUACACUUGGUGUCCCAAAUCAAAGAGGGGACAAUUAUGGAUGUAGAAAUAUGAAGCUUUUGCUCAAGCAACAACAGCGGGUUUUACUUGGUAGGUCUGACGUGUCUGGUUGGGGAGCAUUUCUUAAGAAUAGUGUUGGAAAACAUGAAUACCUAGGGGAGUACACUGGGGAGUUAAUCUCACAUCGGGAAGCUGAUAAGCGCGGAAAGAUAUAUGAUCGUGAAAAUUCUUCAUUUCUGUUCAAUCUAAAUGAUCAGUUUGUCCUUGAUGCUUAUCGGAAAGGGGAUAAGCUGAAAUUUGCAAAUCAUUCUCCUGAUCCGAAUUGCUAUGCCAAGGUUAUUAUGGUAGCUGGAGAUCAUCGGGUGGGGAUAUUUGCCAAGGAACGAAUGAAUGCAGGGGAAGAGCUGUUCUAUGAUUACCGUUAUGAGCCUGAUCGAGCUCCAGCUUGGGCUCGGAAACCUGAGGAAUCUGGAUCCAAGAAAGAUGCUGCAGGCCCUUCCAGCGGUCGUGCAAAGAAGCUUGCUUAAUUAUAUUAUAAAUCUGGCUGUAAUCAAGAAUUGAUAUUUUGUCAUUCUUUACAGGUUGAGCAUCAUUCAUAUCAGCGGUGAAAUCCUAACCACUGACGACCCAAUGAAGGGAUUUUUUGGAUUCAUUUCACACUCUAACUCAACUGUAUCUACAUACAUUGAAAUAGGAUACUGAUUUCUCCUGCCCUGAUAUUAAUUCAACAUCAAUAUUUAUUGGACAUCUGAUUCUUAUUGAAUCGAUGCAAGGCAAAAAAGUCAAUUCUUGUAUAGUUUGUAACUUUGUAUUACAGGCAAUAUAUAGUAAUCCUAUUUCCAUUUUUCUUGUCA